AAGGGAAUGAUCGCUUGUUGGAAAUAUUGAUGAUUUAUUUUAAUUUAUUUUGGGUUUAUAUGAAUUACCCUACUUUUUCACAGUUUUAUGAAAAGUAAUUUAAGUUGUACCCUACAAAUUUGUAUGAACCUAUCGACUUAUGUGACGAAAACGACGUGUGUACGUUUACUGAACUGACUCGCUUGACUGGACGAGACAACCAACGUAUUACAAACUACAAAGGUAUUACUGCUUACGUGCUGCUUACUGAAAAGAUGUAUAAUAAUUACUCGAAUCGUUCUGAAGACCGCAAGGAAGAAAAACCGCCUUAUUCUAGAAUUUUUGUAGUAUGCGGUAAGCAAACUCGAGAGGAAGACCUGCAACAAUCUUUCGAGCAAUUUGGUACCAUAGAAGACUUACAUAUUCCGAGGGACCGUAACUCUGGGGAGCCUAAAGGUGUAGCUUACAUCAAGUUUACGAAAACGUCAUCUGCAGCAGCUGCUAUUCAGGAGCUACACUUGAAACCACUGCGGGCCAAUCAGAAACCUGUCAAAGUUAUGAUCGCUCUUAACAGAAGCGACCCAGGCACUAACAAUGAGGAGAGAUACAAAAGAUUGUUUAUCAAAGUCCAUAAAGAUAUAUCAGAAAGUGAAAUAAUAGAUCACUUCUCAAAAUUUGGCCGUGUCAAUUCAGUCCAUUUGCAAAAAGAUAAAGCUACUGGUGUUUGUAAAGGCUUUGCUUACGUCCAUUACUCCAAUUUUUAUGAUGCGGCAAAGGCUUAUGAAGAGUGUGAUUCUAAAUACAAACCUGUCUUUGCCACACCAAAAGAUGAGUUGAAACGUAUGAGACCCAGUCUUGAUAUGAGUUCUAUGCCACAUAAUGAGAGUUCUUUAGGUAGUAACUAUAGUAUGAAUGAUAGUUUUAAUGAUAAUUUGCUAAAAGAUAGCCUUAACCUUACAACAAACUCACUACUUUGUAAUUAUAAUACUAUAAUAGCUACCUGUAGCCCUCAAGUGUCUCAAAAAAGCAUUGAGAGGCUCUUCAACAUCGUGCCAGGAAUGCAGCAGUGCCAGUACACUGCAGACACUUACAACGGGAUCUGUAAAGCUGUUGUCACGUAUGACAGCGAGAAGGCAGCGGCAUAUGCAUUAGAAAGAAUCAACAAUUAUGAAUUUCCAUCUGGCGAGAUUGUUACAAUUAAGCCAGACGAUAACCCCCUCAAUAAAGUAGCUAGUAACCUGGCAAACAUAGUAAACAGUUUUAAAAAUUCAUUAGAUGCUGGUAAUCCUAACUUGCUUCAGUUAGCUGAUGCUAUAGCUCAGACUUCAUCUUUGAUAAAAGCAGCUACCACUGGUAAAAUUGACCAAAAAGUGCACACCUCAGAGUCUGAGACUUAUGGCAACGUGUGUCUGCCGCCUCCACAGCCUACGGUCGGCACAAUGCACCGGGUAGCUCAGAGAUGCUUUAUUGUUUGUAAGCCAUAUCCACCUUCGUUAUCCGUUUUACGGGAUAUAUUCUGCCGUUUUGGAGAUCUCAUUGAUGUGUGCACUUUUCCUAACAAAACAUUUGGAUUUGUGAAAUAUGCUAGUAUUAGAGCAGCCCAGGAGGCUAUGAGAACUCUCAAUGGAAAAGUGUUACAUGGCGUUCAUUACAAAGUAUUGGAGGCUGAUGAGAGGCCAUCCAAGGAUGAGGACGCUAAACUAGAUGACCCUGAAUACCUAGAACCUAGCCAGGGAAGUAAAAGGAUUAAACUUCAUCAAAGCGACUGAGACCGAGGUUGGAGAUAAGACUAUUUGACUUUAAUGAAAUGCACCAAUCGACUUUCACUAUUAUUAUACGUAAUUCAUAUUUAAUUUCAUUAGUUUAAUUUUUUUUAUAUACCUCU